CUGUUUGACAGGAAGAUGAAGAUGUUGGUGGUGUUUGGGAUCCUCCUGCACGUUUCCCAGCAUGCCCUGGCUGGGCUGGUUGAGGUGUAUGAGGAGGCAGAGUCUGUCCUGAUGCCCUGCCUCUAUGAGGGUCGUUUCCCUGAGGAGCACCCGGAAAUCAAAUGGACUCGGAUUGAUCUUAAACCUCCCAAAUCUGUCCACCUGAGACGAGCUGGAGGAGACAAUUUUACAGACCAGGACCAGGAUUACAGAGACCGGACAUCAAUGAGACCUGAUGCUCUGGAUGACAAAGUUCUGGGUCCUAGCAACUUCAGCCUGACCCUGGAGAAACCCAAACUCUCUGACUCUGGAGACUACACCUGCAGCAUCGGAGACACAAGACAGGAGAAGACGGUGACAGUUCAGCUGAAGUUCAAAGUUCAGACUGCAGUGGUGAAGGUGAAUGAAGGGGCGGAGUCUGUCCUCCUGCCCUGCACAACAUCAGCCAACCUGCCUGACGACACCACAGUGGAGUGGACUCUUUCUAGACCUCAAUUUAUUUUUGUUCAUGAGUUUCCAAACACAAAUAAAAAUCAAAAUAACAAAGGUGACAAAUACUGCUGGCGUGCUAACAUGACCGAAGACCUGCUGAGAACUGGAGACCUCAGUUUGAUCCUGAAUUAUCCUACACCCAGAGACAAUGGAGACUACAUCUGCACCAUCUACAUCAAAAGAGACCAGGGCGACUUCAGAGACCAGGACAUCCUGAGACAGAAAGUAGUUCUCACAGUUGUCAAAGGGUUUCCAACCUGGGCCACAGCUCUCCUGCUCUCCCUGUUAGUAGCUCUUCUUGUUUCUGGAGGUGCUCUAUAUUAUUUUCGGCACUAUUUCAUGUCAGUUUAUCUGGUGGAGGUGGACUCAGGUGAGGAGGCUGUCCUGCUGCCCUGCAAAACCCCUGCCUGUCUGCGUAAAUACACUAAAGUGGAGUGGAAGGAUGGUGAUAACAGGAAGGUCCAUGUGUUUGAGAACGGCUUUCAUCGAUCUGAAAAACAGAACCAGUUCUACAGAAACAGAACAGAGAUGA